GGUGGAGCACACAGGCAUGCUUACCGGAUAUUCACCUGUUGGACGGAAGGCGGCUUCCUUGAUAUGUCACGUGAGCUGAGUGCUGGCGCAACGACCUGCCCGUCCGGCUGCACAUGCGGUCGACUUGUUCGACGGUAGCUGGUAUUCCCUCCCGGUGUGCUCGAGCAGGCCACAGCCCGUGUCGUUUGAUGCUCAUCUACUACAUCCUUCUGUGCGACACACACGCCGUUACGCCUUCCGUUUGCUGCAACUUUCGGCAGGGUCUGCUGGUGCUGGCCGCCAUUGUUCGGGUAUUGCAGGUUCAAAUAUACGCAUGGCAGUUGUCAUGGCUUGCGACUAUAUUUGCUGUGAUCGUCAUGUCAAGACAUGCCGACCCGCGUGAGGAGGAGCCGAGUUUUGAGCUUCUCUGGCCCUUGCUGCAUCACCGGUGAGGCCAAAAGGUCGUUCACGAUAUUAUAGGCAGAGCUGAGACUAGGGUAUAUUCGGGCUCAAUCGUCGAACGAUUACCGUACUUAGAAGCCUUGCGUCGUGGUGGAACGACAAA